AUGUCAGGUCCUCAGUGCUGCUCAAACCCACCAAUCCUCAACCCAAACUCUGGAAUAGGCCACGUUCAAAAACUUGGUGGCCUUGAUGCUUAUGUCACUGGCCCCUCCCACUCGAAACUUGCCAUUCUUAUGGUUUCAGAUGUUUUUGGUUACGAAGCUCCAAUCCUAAGAAAACUUGCAGAUAAGGUUGCAGCUACAGGAUACUAUGUAGUGGUUCCUGAUUUUUUGUAUGGAGAUCCCUUUGCUGCCGAGGAUGCUACCAGGCCUCUACCUGUUUGGUUAAAAGAUCAUGAACCAAACAAAGCUUUUGAAGAUGCAAAGCCAGUAAUUGAAGCUUUAAAACACAAAGGUGUUUUGGCUAUAGGGGCUGCCUCUUUUUGUUGGGGUGCCAAGAGUGUGGUGGAACUUGCCAAGUCUGGAUUAAUCCAAGCUGCUGUGCUACUACACCCAUCAUUUAUCACCCUCGAUGACAUCAAAGGGGUUAAUAUUCCAAUUGCUAUCCUUGGAGCUGAAAUUGACAAAUAUUGUCCUCCAGAACUCCUGAAACAAUUAGAACAACACCUAACUGCUGAACUUGGGGUAGCUGAUUGUUAUGUAAAGGUAUUUCCUAAAGUGUCGCAUGGAUGGACUAUAAGGUACAACGCUGAAGAUGAAAUGGCAGUGAAGGCUGCAGAGGAGGCCCAUCGAAACUUGCUGGAUUGGUUUCAUAAGCAUGUUAAGUGA